CAAUUCACCCCUUUUUUUCUAUUCUCUUUACAUUCCCCUUUAUACACUCUACCUAUAUAUAUAAUCUGAUCCAUGUUAAAGGAGUCAGCAGCAGACCCUUUUGAUUUCUUGAGAUCUUUUCAUCAUCAAAGCGAUGAAAGAUUCACUAGCUCAGCCAUGUCCAGUACUUAAGUCAUUAUCCAACAAGGUUGGAAGCUUACUGUGCUUUAGGAAUGGGCCGAAGAAGUAUAAGAGAUUGGAUGCUAAGCUUGAAACAAAAAUGAUGGAGCUUAAAAGAAGCUCAUCAGGGCCAAGCAAAUUCAGGUCAAUCAAUAGCAUAAUCAUGAAAUUUCCUCAGUUCAAAGAGGGGUUGAAGGAGAUAAAAGGCGUCUUUGAACAGUUCGAUGAAGAUUCAAAUGGGACUAUUGACCGGGAAGAACUUAAGAAAUGCGUAAAGAAGCUGCAUUUUAAUGUUAAAGAGAAGGAAAUUAAUGAUCUUUUCGACUCCUGUGAUGUGGAUGAAAAGGAAGGGAUUCAAUUCAAUGAGUUCAUUGUUCUUCUAUGUCUUCUUUAUCUCUUGAUGGGUUCAUCCUCCUCCUCUGACAACACCUCGAAGAUUGUCUCACCAGAGCUAGAAGCAACAUUUAACACAAUAGUUGAGGCAUUCUUGUUUCUUGAUAAAAGUGGUGAUGGGAAACUGCACAAGAAAGAUGUCAUCAAGGCAUUAAACGAUGAAUGCCCUUGCGAGAAAUCCCCUUCUCAUGUCACUCGUACUCGAUUUAAAGAAAUGGACUGGGACAGGAGUGGCAAGGUCAGCUUCAGGCAAUUUCUUUUCGCGUUUCUUGAUUGGGUUGGUAUAGACACAGAUGAUGAGAAUCACACAACUAAAAAGGUAGACUAAGUGCAACAACAACGUCUCAACUAAACUAGUAGAUAUCGUCUGUAUGAAUCCUCACUAACCAUGUCUCUCCGUUUAAUGAAGUAUUUGUACAUAUAAAGUAGUUCUAUGUUUACGUUCAAGUUCAGUUAUUGCAUUUCUGAACAUCUUCUCUAAAUAAGCUUUCAUAUUUAAGGUAUAUUCUGC